AUGACUCAGCAGUCUCCAGGUCUUUGCCUGAAGACCCCGUCCGAGACCCCGUCCGAGACCCCGUCUGAAGACCCCACCCCCAUCCAAGUCCCGUCCGAAGACCCCAUCCGAGACCCAGUCCGAAGACCUCGUAUGAAGACCUCGUCCAAAGACCCCCGUCCGAGACCCCGUCCGAGACCCAUCCAAAAGUCCCUCAUCCAAAGUCCCGUCCGAGACCCAGUCUGCAGACCUCGUCCAAGACGCUCGUCCAAAGACCUCGUCCAAGAUCCCGUCCGAGACCCCGUCAAUGACGCCCGUCCGGACCCUGUCCAAAGACCCCGUCCAAAGACCCCGUCCAAAGACCCGGUCCCAAAGUCCCCGUUCGAGACCCCAUUGAUUCUCUGCAAUACAUGUGAACUCCCUAUCCUGGACAAAGUCUAUGAACCAAAGACCCGUCCGAGACCCCGUCCCAAAGACCCCGUCCAAAGACCCGUCCAAAGAAACCCCGUCCGAGACCCCGUCCAAGACCCCGUCCGAGACCCGUCCAAAGACCCCGUCCAAAGACCCCGUCCAAAGACCGCCCGUCCGGAGACCCCGUCCAAAGACCCCGUCCAAAGACCCGGUCCAAAGUCCCCGUUUCGAGACCCGUCUGAUUCUCUGCAAUAA